UUUAUCUUAUUAGAUCAGGAAGAUGGCAACAGAUUCCUUAUUUGGUAAUUACAGGAUAAUCCUGGCUAGUGCCUCACCACGACGCAAGGAACUUCUACAACAGAUCGGACUUAAAGCGGAAAUAAUCCCUUCUAAAUUUGAGGAAAAUCUCCCUAAAUCCUCCUUCCCGACACCUGCAGAUUAUGUUAUAGCCACAGCUAAAGGUAAAGCAUGUGAGGUUUUCGGUAAGAACAAAGACGCUAUAGUUAUCGGAGCUGAUACAGUGGUUGUUAUUGACAAUAAAAUCCUUGAGAAGCCGAGUGAUGCGCAGUGCGCGCACACCAUGUUAUCAGAGUUGAGUGGGCGUGUCCACCACGUGCUAACUGGAGUGUGUAUCUGUUACCAGGACAUCAAACACACAUUCCACGUGCAGACGGAAGUACAGUUUACAGAGUUAUCUCCUGACCUGAUAGACUGGUAUGUGGGUACAGAGGAACCGUUUGAUAAGGCGGGAGGGUAUGGAAUACAAGGCAAGGGAGCUAUCUUGGUGGAUAGGAUAGCAGGGUGUUAUUUUAAUGUUGUUGGAUUACCACUUCAGAAACUGCACAGUGAACUUUCACACAUCUUAGGUUGACUUUAUAGCAAUGUACUUAUGUAGUUUUUAAUGAGCUUUUAGAAAUAUUACGUUUAGGCAACUCUUUUACAGUUUUAGAAGAUUAAUUAUAUUUAUAAAGUAGUUAAAUACAGCAUAGUAGUCAUAAAAAAAGUCGUUAUUUACGUAUCGAAGAAUUGUCAGAAGAUAUUUUGAAAAUUCGUUUUUAGUCUUAGUCUGCAUUAACCGCUUUUUGAUUAGAUUAUUAAAUGAUAUUAUUUUUACAGUUACCUAAUAGUUUUAUUUGAAUUUAAUAACAUGUUGUCUCUUUAUGAUAGUAUUGGUUCUAUAAUCGGUAUUCAAUUCGUCUAAAUUAAUAAGGUUUAACCUGUACUAAUUGUAACCGUUCAAACUUCAAGCGAAAUAUUUCAUGUCUAAUUACUUUAAAUAUUUAAAAAUCUAUAACGAUUUGUUCUCAUCGCAUUGAUUAUAUUCGAUUAUAAAUGGCCUGCAACAGUGCACAACAA